UGCGUGUUGUCGUCCAGGUGGCUGCCUGUGUCGGGGAUUUGUAGGUCACUUGGCUCAGGUGUGUCUACCUUGUGGCUCCCAGCCCAUGACCUGCCCCACUCUAGGUGGCGAUGGGGAGGUGGUAGCAGUUGUGGGAUUCCACUACCAGGUGCAGCAGGGAGGCUCACAGACUGUCCUCAUCACUGCCAUGGGGAAUAUUGUAACAUUUUACAGAGUUGAAGGGCAUGAGGUGGAAGAACUGAGUAGUGUGAGUGUGGGACAGGCGGUAUCUCAUCUGGGCUAUGGGGAGACCUUUGCUGACCAUGAUGGUACCAUCCAGAAAAAACGAUUUCUCGUAAUGUUUGGUGCUGGCAGGACCAUACAGCAGUUUCAUCAGAUUACUGUUGGCAAAGUCUCUCCAGCCUUUGCAAUUGGUAUUGCCCGAGAGUGGCACGCACAAGGCACUGGGAUGAAAGUGUUACAGAGUGGUGGAAGAGUCUUAAUAACAAUCCAUCAAGAACCUCAUCUCGCUGUGUACGAGCUCAAGGAAGAUUUCUGGUUGCGGUUCAGGAUACAGAAGAUACAGACAUUGGCAGCACCUGUGACUUCCUGGAUCAUGUUCAACACAGGCUUUGAGAACUAUCUGCUGACAGUCUCCCCCGACAAACUAAAUAUAUUUGUUCAGAAAGACGCCCAAUAUGAGGUUCUGCAAGUUUUAUUAACUAGUACUGGUUUGAAGAGUUUUGAUGGCGUUUUAGCUAUCACUCUGAAGUCAUGUCGAGGUGAAGUGGUGCUGAUCGCUGGUCAAGGGACAGAUGUGGUGGGGUAUGUUCUUGACCCUGUAUUCCCCAUGCCGCAGUUUAAAGUGGCAUACAGAGGUAACCUGGAUGUAGGAGUGAUGGAUUGGGCUAAGGGCUUUGCCUAUACAGAUGUCUUUGAUGAUUCUACCAAGAUGGUAUUGCCAACUUCUGAUGGUGCAACAAUGUAUCUUGUGAGGACCAGGCUAGUGGAGGUUUCAGACCCUGUUGCUGUGGAGACGCUCGAUCUUGGCCAGGCAUUUAAUGACCUCAAGCACGAGUACAACCGCCAAAAAAACAUCAUGGCUGCUGCGGAAGACAGACUGUAUUAUAGUGUUGUCACCAACGGUGAUGUCCAGGCAGAUAUAACCAUUAACAGAGGAAUUUUUGUGACUCAGAUACACUCCACGGAAGAUCUAGAAGCUGCCAAACUUGUAUUCCCUGGGACUGCGCUGGCAGGUGGAGUAACACACCAACAGUAUCUGACGUACAUUGCUCAGCUUGAUACCCCUGGGACCAUCCUGGAUGAUCUUCUGCACCACAUCACUUAUAUUGAAUCGACUCUGGAUGAUGCGGUCUCUUCCUCGGGCACCAGCAGGAUCAUUGGGGGUCUCAAGACAGUGGUAGGGCCUGGGCUUCAUCUCCCUACCAUGCUUACAAACUCUGCUUUUGUUGGGGAAGUGCUGGACAUCACAGGAAAUCCAUUUUCUUUAAAUAACACUUUAUCCUCUCUUGUUAUACGAAACUAUGGACUUAAGAUUGGGGGAAAGAAGACCUUUACUAAGGGGAUGGUUGUCAACGAACUGUAUUCACUGUACAUGGACGAUGUUGCUGUUAGUGACCUCGUAAGCACAACAGGCAGCCAGACAAUAGCAGGAGCAGUCUUCAUGAAUAAUGUGGCAAUGAGGGAUAUUAAGAUGCACGAUGGCAGCACAGUUGCAGGCAUAGAUCUAUCAAAAGCUGUGCUUUUGGGUGAAUCUGUAGUCCUAGGUCGUGCAUAUUUCCCAAGGCUAGAAGUAGGAGGAAAUGUAGAAGUAAUGUCUAGUUUAUUAGACGGUGUGAACCUAGACCGUCUGUUUGACAGAUCUCUAUCAUCUGGGAGUCAGGGUGCUGGCACACUGGAAUUUAACAGCGAUCUGGUAAUUGAUUAUCUUGAAGCAACAGAUAUAAUGGGUAUAAAUAUUCCAGAUCUGCUAAAUGACAUAGUGCACAAAGAUGAAGAAUCAUUUAUGUCGGGCAAACUGAUCGUCUCUCAGUCAGUAGUGAAUGAGAAGAACCUGUACGCUGGGGAUGUUAAUUCCAAAGAGUUCCCAGGCAACUAUCCUUUGAAGACUAAUGUGCCUUUAGUUUUUACUGAUCAGAAGAACUUUGCCAAAAUUAUUAUAGAUGAAGUCAAAUUUGGUACCAAAGGAGUCAUUGGUGAUAUUUCUCCUCAUAGGUUUGUGACAAAAACCUCAAAUCAACAUAUUACUGGCAAAAAAGUAUUUACUCAAGGCAUAGACAUUGUAGGAGAUUUGGACAUAACAACAAAAGUCAUUGAUGGAGUUAAUUUAGAUGAAUUGUUUGCUAUGCAAGGGAACAAAACCAUGUCCGCUGAUUGGGAUUUUAAUGUAAUAUUCAAGAAACCUGUGCGAAUGCCAGGAAUUAUAUACAAUGGACAAAUUAAUGGUAUAAUUUUCACGGCCAUUGCCGCUGACCUUGUGUAUGGUAAUGAUAACCCUUCAAGGAUAUCGGGCAGAAAAACCUUCCAUGUUGGAUUAUCCAUAUCCAACUCCCAUUUUACUGGCUCCUUAAAUGGAGAGAGUCUAGAGUCACUAGUGACAAUUGAUACCGAACAAGAAAUAAAAGGAUUGAUAACAUUCCAAAAAGAUGUUACCUUCAAUAAACUAGUUGCGAAUUCUGUAGAUGGUAUGGACUUGAAUGAACUAAUAAGUUCUGCUUUGUACCUGAACAAGACAGAACAGGUAGUGUCAGGCAAAAAGAUCAUGAACAAUGUGUUGGUUGCCUCCCUCUUUGUGAAAGGUAAAGUCAAAGGUGUAGACUUUAAAAAUGUGGUGACAAGAAGCAGUUCCCAGACAUUCAUAGCACCACAGACACUACAUACUGCAGUGUUUUCAUCCAUGAUGACACACAUGAUAGAAUUCUCGGAUGGUUUCAAAUUGAAUGGAGUAGACUUUUCAGAAUUGGUUAAGAAACGUGUACCAUUACGAGAAGCCGUCAAUCAUACAGCUGUUUUAUAUGUAGAUGGAGAAAUCGCUGUGGUUGGUACUUUGUCUGCAGAAUUUAUAAAUGAUUACAAGAUUAAAGAGCUGAAAAGGAGCAUAAUUACAGAUGAUACAGAUUCUGUCAUAGAGAGCCCAGUAAGGUUUUCCUCGAUGAAUGUUGAAGGAUCCAUUACAACAAAGGGUAAAGUAGGAGGAAAUGAACUAAGCAUUAGUGCUCUUGCUGAAGCUGCUGCCAAACUAGCUGGUAACAAUAUAUUCAUUGGCAAUAUGGUAUUCAGUAGUGUGGAAUUACAUGGGGAUGUGGAGGUGGAUGGACUGGUGGAUGGUGUGGACCUUGGCCUUCUCCAGCACAAUGCUGUCUACAAACACCUGGGUGAACACCAAGCUAUAACUGGUACCAAAAUAUUGGAGAACGGCUUCACAAUAAAAGGAAACUUAAUUACCAGUAGAACAAAUGGUGUUGACCUGUCCACUAGACUGUUAACUCUGCACACAGACCAGGUCAUCACAGCUUCUUACUCUUUCUCGGACCUCUCUGCUGAGAAAAAUGUACAGUUACAAGGGUUGUUCAAUAAAAUAGAUCUGAAACGAUUGGCUUCCGGAGCACUGAUGGAGAAUGAGGAAAUCCGUACAGGGAAAGUGAGAUUUACAAAUGGCAUCAUGGUAAGAAACUUAGAACUACGAAAGUCCCUGAAUGGGAUAGAUGUUGCUGAAAAUUUGGUUGAUGCUGUGAGGCUGCAGGACAGUGGAGUGGUGGUUACAGGCAGGAAAACCUUCAUGGCCAACACCAGGUUCAAGAGUCUGCUUGUAGAAUUCCUAAAUUCGGUUUACCUGGAUGCCUUCUUUGCCAACGUUGUGACCAGAAAUGCAGCACACACAAUAUCGGGAGCAGUUACUGUAUAUGGGGUGGUGUCUGCACCCUGGGUCACGGUCCAGCACCUGACUGUCCAUGGUUCAAUUGAUGGCAUUGACUACAAGAAACUGAAAGCUGGUGCAGUGUAUCUCUCGGGGGAACAAAACAUUAAUGCAGAACUGGUGUUCUUGCACAGCAUCUCCGUAAGAGGAAACCUUGAGGCAGUGCUCCUUAACUCGUACAACUUAGCUCAAGAGUAUUUGACCACCACCACAGAACAGACCAUCAUGGUUAAUGCCACUCUCGGCAGCAUAACUGCAACUUACAUUGAUGUUACAGGAACAGUCAAUUCUUUUUAUCUCUUUAGAGAAAAGACGAAUACAUUACUGAGUGUGGGUGGGCAGACGGUGGUCGGACUGACUACAGUUUCUGGGAGGAUUCUGGUGCUUGGAAAUGUCCUUGUUUCUGGGCGUGUUGGCCGGCAUGUCACGGUGAAGCUUGCUGAUCAGACUGUUCUCUUGACUAGUGAUGUGCAAAUUUCAGGCACCAUGGAGUUCAUAUCCUACUUACAAGUAACAAGUCUGUCGAGCUCAACACAAGUAAUUAAUUACCUGUUUAUACCAGACUUGUACAAGAAUGCUUGGUUUGUGGACAGACCUGUGUCUGUUGGUGCUAGAGUUGUCUUUAGUGCACACACAUUAUUGAGGGCAGGUCUGGUGUCCACAGGGCCCAUCGAUGAGCUAAUGGUAGACAAAGCUUACAAGGAGACCAUUGUUGCCCUCUCGAUGUUCCAGAACAUUACAGAGGAGUUUAAGGGUGAAUUCGAGAGCGUGUGUAAACCCAUCGCCACGUUGUACAAGAAGCUGGAGGAUUGUGCCUUUGAGGGAGACUUUUUCACAGAUGUGAAAGAUUACAACUUUCCUAAACAGCAUCACUCCUCUAUCAUUUUUACUGCUUGGGAAACGACUUACUUCAUAAUGAGCUACGAAGGACAGUGCUACUCUGAUGUGUUCGUGUGGGAGAAAGAAAGUGGCAGCUUUGUACAUUACCAGAGGCUGGAUAACUCGGGAUAUGGCCAUCACUGGCUUCUGCUGAAGGGAAUGGACAUGGUGUUUGUUGCAAUGGCAGCCUCUUCAACCAGUAAUUCCUGCAGCAAUACAAAUACCACCAUCUGGCAGGUCACUCCUUAUAACAUUGAGGUGUUCCAAGUGGUAGCGGCCGGUGAACACUUGUCAAGUGAGACACUGCCUGAGGGGCCUCUACUGCAUGUGCAUGCUCUACACAUAACCAUCACCUAUACCUACUUGGCAGAUAGUCAAACCUGGCGCCAGCUAGGUAGAUCUCCUGUUGCAGAUGUGGGAGCAGAGGUGGUCCAGGAGGAUGGAAGUGUGGUAUAUUGGAGGAGUCGUGGGGGUGUCGGCCAUGUAUGGGUGGACAGGAUAGCCACGCUCACUCUUGACCUGCCCAAAGCUGCCAUCAACUAUGCUAGCCUUUUCACCAAGGACAACAAUAUUAUACUGGUCCUCAUUGUUACCUCCUUUACCUUUAAGGAGCCAGUGUAUACUCUACGGGUGUACUAUGUUAAAGAAAGGAUCUUAAAGUGUGUUGGCAUACAAGUGUUGACAACAUCUGGGCAGUUGUUAGUGUUUUCUGUAGGUAAUACAGCCACAGGAGCCACAUUUAUUGUUGUUACACAAAAGGAACUGUGCCCUGUCAUCUACACAUUCUCGGGUGAGAUACUGAAACUUUGGACAGAGCUGAGUGCCCCUAGGACGUCAUGGCUGCAGCACUUUGAAGUCCGCUCAGACAGGUUCCCCACCAUCAUGGACCAUUACCUCCUCCUCGGUCGCAGUGACAACAGGGCCUCCUUGUAUUAUUUGGUUAUGAAAGGUGUGGCUAUACCAGAGAAGAACAUCUCUUGCACGAUUUGAUUUUUUAACCAGAUGUCCUAAAUGUCUUCAUGGUUCGAAACAUUGCAGCUACAAUUGUAGUAUUUGUUUAAUUCUAUUGCCUAUUUUAUUUUAUUUAGUAUAUUUUCUCUAGUAAAACGAGAUGUAGCAUAUGAUGGCAAUAUAAUACAUUACACCCCAUGUACAGGGUACUGUAGUUGUUGCAGGCGGUUCGACAAGGAACUUAAACGUUUUCAGUGUCCUUAAAAUAGAAAAUUUGGCAUUUUAAAAUAAAUAUAAUUGGUC